CUUUCUUUCGCUUGCUCACUGUUUCUGUCUCGGCUUCAACAAUGGCUACUGGAACCUGUCUGUCGACGCCACUUGGCACUGCCGCUUGCAAGAAGCAUGCGAAGGCUCUUCACUUCAUCGAAGAGAUGACCAAGAACGCCGAUUCUGUCCAAGAGACAGUUUUGGCUGAGAUCUUGACCCGAAAUGCCGAAACUGAAUACCUCGGCCGAUACAACCUUAAUGGCGCAACUGAUCGUGAAACCUUCAAAUCGAAGAUACCAGUCAUAACCUACGAGGAUCUUCAGCCAGAAAUCCAACGCAUUGCCAAUGGUGAUCGUUCCGCCAUCCUCUCUGGUCACCCCAUCUCUGAAUUCCUCACGAGCUCUGGAACUUCAGCUGGUGAGAGAAAGCUCAUGCCAACAAUUCAAGAAGAGCUGGAUCGCCGUCAACUUCUCUACAACCUUCUCAUGCCAGUCAUGAGCCUUUACUUUCCAGGCCUUGACAAGGGGAAGGGGCUCUACUUCUUGUUCGUCAAAGCCGAUACGAAGACACCUGGUGGGAUAUUGGCACGACCAGUGCUCACAAGCUACUACAAGAGCGACCAUUUCAAGUUGAGACCAUACGACCCUUACAAUGUAUACACCAGCCCCAACGAAGCCAUCCUAUGCUCUGAUAUUUUCCAGAGCACGUACACACAGAUGCUAUGUGGCCUCUGCCAACGAAACGAAGUCCUCCGAGUUGGCGCCUUGUUUGCCUCUGGCCUACUAAGGGUGAUCCGAUUCCUCCAACUCAAAUGGCAACAACUCGCCCAUGACAUUGCCACGGGGACUUUGAAUCCCAAAAUUACCGAUCCGUCUAUCCGUGAGUACAUGUUGCAAGUCCUCAAACCCAACCCUGACCUCGCCCGAUUCAUCACAGACGAGUGCUCAGGUACGAACUGGGAAGGAAUCAUAAGAAGAAUCUGGCCAAACACCAAGUACCUUGAGGUGAUAGUCACAGGUUCCAUGGCCCAAUACAUCCCAACCCUCGAUUACUACAGUGGCGGAUUACCGUUGGUAUCCACCAUUUACGGUUCCUCUGAGUGCUACUUCGGCAUCAACCUUAAACCAAUGUGCAAGCCAUCCGAGGUUUCCUAUACAAUCUUGCCCAUCUUUGCCUACUUCGAGUUCCUCCCCCAAGAACCCACAUCGUCUACACUGAGUGGCGGCAUCGACUCAUCUCCCCAACUGGUUGACCUGGUCGACGUGGAAGUCGGUAAGGAGUACGAAGUUGUGGUCACCACAUAUGGCGGUCUUUAUAGGUACCGAGUUGGGGACAUACUCCGGGUCACCGGGUUCCAUAACUCGGCUCCUCAAUUCCAGUUCGUGAAGAGGAAGAACGUCUUGCUGAGUAUCGACACGGACAAGACCGAUGAGGCCGAUUUGCAGAAAGCAGUGGAGAACGCGUCGGAAUUGCUGCAAGAGUACAAAACGAGCGUGGUGGACUACACGAGCUAUGCUGAUACCAAGAGUAUUCCGGGGCAUUAUGUGAUAUACUGGGAGUUGCUGGUGAAGGACCCGGAGAACACGCCGAGUGAUGAGGUGAUGAAGCAGUGUUGUCUUGCCAUGGAAGAGUCACUGAAUUCUGUUUACAGACAAGGGAGAGUGGAGGAGAACUCGAUCGGAGCUCUGGAGAUAAGGGUGGUGAAAAGCGGGAUAUUUGAGGAACUCAUGGACUUCGCCAUCUCAAGGGGAGCCGCCAUUAAUCAAUACAAGGUGCCGAGGUGCGUCAACUUCACACCUAUCAUGGAGCUUCUCGAUUCCAAGGUCCUCUCCUCUCAUUUUAGCCCUGCUUGCCCUCAUUGGACUCCAGAAUGAGGACGGUGACGAUAUGCCAAUAAUAAACUGAAUAAGAAG